AUCAGUUUAAGUGUUGACACAAACAAAAAUGAAGUUCAUCAUUAUCUUCGCAAUAAUUGCUGCUGUUUCUGCGGAACCUCCUCGAUUUGGAUACCAACAACAACAAUCAGCUCCUUAUAACCCACGUGGAUGGAGACCAUCUGGUCCAUCUUUUGAUUUACCCCAAAGACAACAAAAUUAUGAAACUUAUGGAGCACCUCAACAACAACAACAACAACAAAAUUAUGAAUCGCCCCAAAUUACUUAUGGAGCACCUCAACAACAACAGCAACAACAAAAUUAUUUACCACCUAAAGUAGAAUAUGGACCACCAGAACCUGAUGCGAAAAAUGUUGAAACUACAACCAUCGCUGAUGAUGUUGCUACAACUCAAACUCCAGCUAAAUUGGUGGAAGAAGUGCCAAAAGCGAAAUCCGAAAAGUUGGAAGAACCUAAACCACAAAAUCCGGUGUUUUUGAUUGUUCCACAACCCGAAAAGUUGGUUUAUACCGUUCAACAAUCAGCUCCUUUAGUUGCUGUUCCAGAAACGAAAAUAUUGGCUAAUUUACAAACUGUUCCGAUUGCCCAAGUAGCGCAAUUUGGUCAAGCUGCUUUAGCUACUUCUUAUUAUACACCGACUUAUAGCAGUUCUUUCGUACAAAUUUAUCAAUAAUCCGUGUAAAGAAAUUUCAAAACAUUGAUAAUUAAUUUAUUUAAUAAAUCAAUUUUA